ACGCGUGACUCAAUAAUGUUUUAAGACCAAAAAGUCCCACACAUCUACUCAUUUCCCUCUUUACCAAACCCAAAAAAAGAAAAAGAAAAACAGAGCACCAACAAACUCUCUUCAAAUUCACUCACAUUUCUGUCAAUAUGAACAUGAUCGACGAUCAACACCGUGGACCACCACACGCGGCCUUAUUAGCGGUGGUGGUGAUAGCAGUGAUGAUCGUUCCGUCAUUAAUCGGUGAAAAUGGCGAAGCGAUAACUGAAUUCAUCUCAGAACUUCUUACCCCAAUUGGAUUGCUCCUUUUGCCUAUAAUUUUACUUCUCACAAUUCAAUUUCUCUCAUCUGACAGUGGCUCAUUCGUUUCUAGUAUUUUUUCGAGUGGUGAGCCAAAUUCUAUUCAUCGUGCUAGUGGUUCCCCUGUUGGUGUUGCUCUUGUUCUUCUCCUUGUUCUGUUUCUUCUGUAUAAUCCAUUUUCGAUCUUUGGUGGUGGUGGUGAUGAUGAAGAUUGAAGUUACCGAAAUGACUGAGACGGAUUUAGAAUUUAAACUCUCAAUCACGAGACAUUUGAUUUAUACGAUUUGAGAUCUAUUAUUUUAUGUUGUUUUUUUUAAAAUACAUAUUUAAGGUUCAGGAAAUUUGAACUAAUAGGUUUAAUAUUUUAAGAUUUUUAGUAUUGAACUCAUUGUAUAUCUGAAAUUAUUAGAUGAAAUUUUACGUAUUUAUUGAAAUUUUAGUUAUUUUUUGCAUUUAGUAUUGCAUUAAGUAAUUGUUGCUACGUCCAAGUUGUGAUAGGUUGUAUGGAUAUUUCAUGGCAAUUGAAUCUCAAUGUUUUGUUUAUAGAUCUACAAGAUCUUUCACUAAGGUUUGUUAAAAAAAUUGUUUUGAAGGUUUUUUAUGUUUUUUUGGUUAAGCGUAUACGUAAUUAGGCCUCUUACUUGCUUAAUUGUAAUUAUUAUUAUCAUAAGAAAGUCAUUUCUACCUUUAAAA